UAGUGUUUCUGGAUUUUGCUAAAGCGUUUGAUACUGUCCCUCAUAGACGUCUGACAAUUGUAUACAUACUAAUUUUGAUGCAUGUAGCUAUAAUUUUUUUUAAAUAGUAAAAUAAAAUAAAUCCUAUAUAAAUUGGGUAACCUUGUAACCGUAUGGAGCUACAGAAUAAAGAUGUCUCAUGGAUAGGAAGAGUGAACCUGAGGGAGACUUUUCAGGGCAUGCCAUGGAAAAGCAAGUAGCCAUUUGUGGCUGAUUUGUUCAGGAUAAACAGCUACAAACAAUUGAUCAAGGACCAAGUGAAGUUUCCAGUCUACAACCGGAGUGAUGGAGAAGUCCGAGCAGAUACCUUUGGAGAAAGAAUUGCAAAAGGUAUCUGUGGUGCCUCACAUGGCAGAACAGGACAUAAAAAGUCUUGACAGAGAGGCCUUAAGUAAACCAAGAAGCCUGAAACACAGUGAGAACAGAGAAUCCAAAGCACGGCAGAGCACAGUAGAUCUGCCGCCAGAGGAGGAGCAGCACAAGAAGUCCAUAAGGCAGUCAGACCGGUCAGUCUCCAGUACAUCCACCUGCUCAUCGGUCGCAUACUCCUCUCCAGAAAGUGAUCAAGUCUUUAGUGAAGAAGAAGACAUCCAGACCAAGCGUAAGACUUUAAGAAAGACCAAGUCAUGGAAGACUUUCUUCACAAUGGUGCAUUGGUCCCUCCGACGGCAGAAUUCCUGGGUGCAGCUGGCUGGUCAUGAAGGUAACUUCAAAGCAAGUGAGAGAGGCCACAUCCUUAAGAAAUUCAGCCCUAUAGAAAACGCAUGCCUUGUGGCCCUUAUGGAAGAUGUGCUCCGGCCAUAUGUUCCUACCUACUAUGGACUAGUGGAGAGAGAUGAGCAGACUUAUAUCAAGAUGGAAGACUUGCUCAUGGGCCUUGAAGCUCCAAGCAUCAUGGACUGCAAAAUUGGAAUCCGGACAUACCUAGAAGAGGAGCUGGCCAAGGCCUUACUGAAACCAACACCACGCAAAGACAUGUAUAACAAGAUGGUGGCCCUAGAACCUGAAGCUCCAACACCAGAAGAACAUAAGCAACAAGCUGUUACCAAACCGCGGUACAUGCAGUGGAGGGAGAGUGUGAGCUCCACCGCAUCGCUGGGAUUCCGCAUUGAAGGUGUUACGGUUGAGGCCGGACCUGUUAAGAAAAACUUCAAGAAAAUGAAGAGCAGAGAUAAUAUAAUGGACACGUUUGUUGUUUUUACCAAGGGACGGAAGGACAUCCUGGCUGCUUACCUGGAGCGGUUGGAGAACAUGCAGGCUGCACUGCAGAAAUCUGAAUUCUUCCGCACUCAUGAGGUGAUCGGCAGCUCACUACUUUUUGUACAUGACAGACGCAGCUUCUCCAACGUGUGGAUGAUAGAUUUUGGUAAAACGACUCCAGCACCAUCGCACAUUACUCUAAGACAUGAUGUGCCCUGGGAGCCAGGAACCCAUGAAGAUGGCUACUUGUUUGGACUGAAGAAUCUUAUUGCCAGUCUCCGAGAUACCAUGCAUAUGGUAGAAGAGACUGCAGAGGUGGCCUCAGAGUGUACAGUGCAGGAGGAGGAGGAGGAGAAAGACACAGUUAAAGAAAAGACUUUACUGAAAUGUAAGAUGGAGGGAAAUACUACAAAUGGGGAAAACAAGGAGCUUUAAAUGAGACAAUAGGCAUGCACCUCUACAGCCUGGGAGCAGAUCUAAGAGUUCAUGGAGUUUCUUCACAAAAAUUACUAGAACAACAGAAUAAGUCACUGUUGGGUGGACUUGGGCUACUGCAAUGAGCCCAUGUGAAUGUUGCUCAUGUUGAUGCAGAAUUUGAGAAGUGGAAGAUGAUCUACUAGAUACUGAUAGACAAAAUGGAAUGACUUGAUCUUCUAUGAAGAUAAGAGGCCACUGGAAAACCAAGCACAAACACUGACCUGCUGCUUCUAGAACGGAUCGUGGUCCCCUGACUGUGUUAUUCUACAGCGGGAUUAACUGCUACAAUGCAAUGACUGACUGCUUCAGGGAUCAAGGGAGGAGCAGGACAAUCUUUAUACAUUGUAAUGUUCAGUUUCAUUCCAUUAUAUGACAAAACACUGUUCUUCUAUUAAUACCAUGAUGUGAGUUGUGUAAGCCAGUAAAUAUUUCCUAAUAU